UCUCUCUCUCUCUCUCUCAUAAAAACACGCACUCUCUGUGUGAAACUGUGUGUGUAUUACGCACACAGUUAACUGAUCUAGGGUUUCAUUCAUAUUCACAUAACCACCAUUUCCAUCUCUGCAAAUUGAUUUUGGAACCGAUUUCACGACGUUUUUCUAGAUUGAUCUUGUAUUUGAUAUCUCCUGUCUUGGCUCGAGAUCCGGGCCAAGUGCACAGGAAGAAGAGGAAUCUGUUGUUCGAAGGAGUGAAGUUUUAUCGCAUUCGUUAUUGAAUCGAAUAAGUGAAGUGAGAAGAGGAUUUGCAAGUGGAAAUGGCGGCGCCACGCGAGGGGUUUCUGACUGAUGAACAGAGGGAGGUGCUGAAAACAGCAACUCAGAGUACUGAGGUUUUGUCAUCGUCGCCGAAGUCGCCGUCAUGGUUGAUGUCUGAACAUCAAAUUAAAGCCCCGGCUGGGGAAAGGGCGCCAAACGUUGGAAUUGCUGUGAGGCAUGUGCGUCGUUCGCAUUCGGGGAAGUUCGUCAGGGUUAAGAAAGAUGGAGGUGGUGGUAAGGGUACCUGGGGAAAACUACUCGACACCGAUGGCGAUACUCAUAUUGAUCGCAAUGACCCUAAUUAUGAUAGUGGCGAGGAACCAUAUCAACUUGUUGGGUCAGCCAUUUGCGAUCCUUUAGAUGAGUACAAGAGAAAAGUGGCAUCCAUCAUUAAUGAAUACUUCACCACCGGUGAUGUGGAUUUGGCAGCAUCUGAGCUCAGGGAACUAGGGUCCUUUGAAUACCAUCCUUACUUCAUUAAGAGGCUUGUAUCCAUGGCCAUGGACAGACAUGACAAGGAGAAAGAAAUGACUUCAGUUCUUCUUUCAGCUCUCUAUUCCGAUGUUAUCAGUUCCAUACACAUUAAGCAAGGAUUUUUCAUGCUUCUUGAGUCUGCUGAUGACCUAGCAGUUGACAUACUCGAUGCAGUUGAAAUACUUGCUUUAUUCAUUGCCCGUGCUGUGGUUGACGACAUCCUUCCCCCAGCCUUUGUGACCAGGGCAAAGAAAUCACUAUCGGAGUCGUCAAAAGGCUUUCAGGUUCUUCAAACUGCAGAGAAAAGCUAUCUCUCGGCUCCACAUCAUGCAGAACUGGUGGAGCGCCGAUGGGGAGGCAGCACCCAUAUCACUGUGGAGGAAGUUAAGAAAAGGAUUUCUGAUCUCUUGAGGGAAUAUGCAGAGAGUGGGGACACUUCUGAGGCCUGUAGGUGCAUCAGGCAGUUGGGUGUUGCAUUUUUUCAUCAUGAAGUUGUCAAGAGGGCCUUAGUUCUAGCCAUGGAGAUUCGUGCAUCGGAGCCACUCAUUCUAGAGCUAUUGAAGGAGGCAUCGGUGGAAGGUCUGAUAAGCUCCAGUCAAAUGGUCAAGGGCUUUGCCCGUUUACGAGAGAGCCUAGAUGACCUGGCACUGGAUAUCCCUUCUGCAAAAUCGUUGUUCGAGUCGCUAGUCCAGCAUGCAGUUGCUGAUGGCUGGCUUGAUGUUUUGUUUGUGAACUCAUUGGGAGAAGGGGUGCUGAUGGAGGCCGAGGAUGAUGAGAAACUGAGAAGAUACAAAGAAGAGAUUGUGACUAUAAUUCACGAGUACUUCCUUUCAGACGACAUACCUGAACUCAUCAGGAGUCUUGAGGAUCUAGGAUUACCUGAAUAUAACCCAGUUUUCUUGAAGAAGUUGAUAACUCUUGCCAUGGACAGAAAGAACAGAGAGAAGGAAAUGGCAUCUGUUCUGCUCUCUGCACUUCAUAUUGAGAUCUUCUCGACUCAAGAUAUUGUUGACGGUUUUGUCUUGCUUCUUGAAUCUGCAGAGGACACGGCUCUAGAUAUCCUCGAUGCUUCAAACGAACUCGCACUUUUCCUUGCAAGGGCCGUCAUUGAUGACGUAUUGGCUCCCCUGAAUUUGGAGGAGAUUGGGAGCAGGCUACCACCAAACUGCAACGGCAGCGAGACUGUUCAUGUGGCUCAGUCGCUUGUUGCAGCCCGUCAUGCGGGUGAGAGACUACUGAGGUGUUGGGGAGGUGGGACCGGGUGGGCCGUGGAAGACGCAAAGGACAAGAUUGUGAAACUACUGGAAGAGUACGAGAGUGGGGGCGUUGUUGGUGAGGCUUGUCAGUGCAUUCGUGAUCUGGGGAUGCCGUUCUUCAACCAUGAGGUGGUGAAGAAGGCUUUGGUGAUGGCUAUGGAGAAGAAGAAUGAUAGGAUGCUGGAUUUGUUGCAGGAAUGCUUCAGUGAAGGGCUGAUAACUACAAACCAGAUGACAAAAGGGUUUGGGAGGAUGAAAGACGGGCUGGAUGAUCUUGCACUUGACAUUCCGAAUGCUGACGAGAAGUUCAAGUUGUAUUAUGAGCAGGCCACGAACCGAGGGUGGCUCAUUCCUGCUGCAUUUGGUGCUAAUGGUGAUGCUGAUGCUGAUGCUGUGGCUAUCUUCGCUUCUUAGAUGCCAAUCUCUGUACAAGGUACACAUGAUGAUGUUAUAUGAAUCUUUUCAGUGUUUUCUUUCUGAGUCUUAUUCGUGUUGGGAGCAAGUCUUACCUGAUGAUGUAUAAAAUGGUUAGAUGGUUGGUUGUUUUUCGAAACCUAGUUAGAUGGUCAGACUGCAUCUUGAUACAAUGAAUGAAAACCUGCUACUGAUUUUGUUUUAGCAUAUGGGGAUAUAUAUAUAUAUGUGU